ACUCAUUCAUUCAUUCAAUCUCUUACACUUGACUAGGACGGCACCCUAACCCUGCAUCUCCUCACUCUACCCCUUCAUCAAUCCAUCACUAUCUUACCAUCAUGGAAAUGGCACGACAAUGGACAAAUUGGUUCGUUGGCUCGUGGCUAACUAACUGGAUUGAAGGCUCCACAAAUUGUGAUCUAGAAUUCGAUGAGCUGGACGACAACCACCAGGAAUCGGCUGGCAUACUGACGGCUACAUUGAUAUCCCUCAGCAUGGCCGGAUUAUUUAUUUGCAUCAAUCUCUUUACCAAUGGUCCCAAGGCUCAGCCACAGCUCAAAUCCACAGCCAGGACAACACGACGACAAAGGCAACGAGAACGUCGUAAUUCCAAUCCAGAGCAAAUGCUCAUCCUGACGGAGCUUCUAACCACAACCGAUGAGGAGAUCGAAAGUCGUCCUUGGCAUGAUCUCAUGCCGACAACCGAUGAUGACGAUGAUGUCAUCGAUACAUCACAAGUUAGGCAUAGGAGUAAUACCUUCUUCGAUUUGGUUGUAGACACGGACUAGAUGAACCACCCCCGCCGUCGUCCGCCAACUUUACCCCUUUUGUUGUUUAUCAAAGUUUUCAACUAAAAAUUAAAUUGUAAGUUUGCAUCACAA